AUGUCUCUGCCACCGUUUCCGCCGGAGGCGGCUGUGGCGUCUCCCGCACCGGGCGAGCAAGGCACGUCUUCACUCUGGACGCUCUUCCACUUUUAUUGUCUUCGGCCGACAGGCGGGGCCGACUUCGCUCGGCUUCUCCAGGUUCCCAUUUUCGCAGCGUGCGCGCUGUACAUCCCCGUCGUCUACGGGCUCCAGUGGUACAUGCGGGACCGGCCUCCGUACAAAUUGAAGACUGUGUGCUUUGUGUGGAAUCUGGCGCUCUCGCUCCUCAGUCUCCUCGGCUUUUUCAUUAUGCUGUUCUCUCAGCCGGUGCUCCUCACGAAGGCCAUCUAUCCAGAGACACAGUUUGUGCCUCCCGUGCGCGCAGUCAUCUGUUUCUUCACGCUGACAAAGGCGAUCGAGUUCGGCGACACCAUCAUCCUGUGCUUGAGGAAGAAACCGCUGAUUUUUCUGCACGUGUACCACCACCUGACUGUCACCCUGUACUGCUGGCAUGCGCAACUCGUGACCGUUUCGAUGGGCCACAAUUUCGCCUUCAUCAACCUCGGCAUCCACGGCGUGAUGUACCUCUACUACGCGUUUUCCGUGCUGCAGGCGAGACAUCCGAUCCUCCUGGCUUGUCGACCGUACAUCACUCUGUCGCAGACAGUUCAGAUGUUCGUGGGCAUUUUCCUUUCCUACGAAGCCCUGGUGAGCGAGUUGCCCGCGAGCGAGCAUCUCAAUGCGAACCUCGCUCUCGCAAUGUACGCCUCGUACUUUGUUCUGUUUGGCAAAUUCUACGUCGAGGCUUACAUGCGCCACCUGCGGCCCAAGACUACGCAACUCGUCGUGACUGUACAUACACUGGCGGUCGGCGGUCUCUGGAUCCUCUGGGGCCACAAGCGACGCCUCGAAGUUGCCGUCGAACUCCUCGUGUUCUCAGGAGCGACGGUGGUGGUCCUCCCCCUUGUCCGGAAAGCGUAUGCGGCCGCCUUGAGCAGCUGUGCUAGAGAAGAGGCGACGGACGAAGUCGAAACGACCAAGCGGCUUGACGAACGAACUCGCGCUCUGAAAAAGCUCAGCGGCGACGCAGAGACUGACACAGGGGCAACAGACGCAGACACCGCCCCGGGGUCGCCAGACACCUCACCCUCAAAGUGCUGCGUUGAUGGGGCGAGCGCCCCACAGGCGGAGCCAGUGCGUGACGCGGCGAGCUUGACUGCCUCCGAGGCGUCAGGAUCCAGGCGAACGAUGCUGACCAGACACCUGGAAAAGGCUGCCCAACAGGGGGCCCUGGGUGCGUGCCAAGCCGCGCUGACUGUCUCGAAUUUUCUUCUCUCUUGGGCUGUCGAGGGCAUGAUGACGGCUGCAGCCCUGGCGCAGUCUGACAUGCUUUCCCGGUCGCCGCGCGCCCAACGCUCGUCGACUGCGGUCGGCGGCGAGCGUGAAAAGGCCAUCAACGCCAGCGAAAGCCUGCGCGACGAGCUGGGGCGCGGUGUCCCCCAAGAGGUGAACGGAACGAAGACAGGAGAGGACACCCCUGCUCAUUUCCGAAUCUUCGACGGGCUCUUUGCCCUCAUCCAAAAGCCUUCCGUUCACACAGACGCCCGCCAGGGCUCUGCCAAACAGCCGGGUGUCACAGCGCCUGCUCCGAAGCCCGCGCUGGCCUCACGAUGCGCGACCAGCUCCCCGACAGGCAGCGACUCCACAGCGCAGAGUACCACGGCAGGUCAGGUGACUCCAAAGAGUGUUCUGGAAGCGGAGCGCGACGCGUGCACCGGCUGGGCUGAUGGAGCAGGCGGGAUGGGGAAACCUGCGAACUGUGUAGGCAGGGGCCGGACAGGCGCGGCGGGCUCGAGGGCGUAUUUCUUGGGAGGCAAGGGACAGGCGUCGCCUCGCCACCGAGGGCCUCUCGGCUCCGUCAUGGACAUUCUUCUCGUCGUUCUUUCUUUCGCGGUCCCCAGCGUGUACGGAUGGGUGGCCCACGGCAGUUGUCUCCUCGGACUCUGCGUGUUCGGCGCGCUCCGGUGGGUCAUCGAACUCUACACUUCGGACACGCUGAUCAAGACGAAAGUCCCUGGUGCCGAGCGGCUGUGCGCACUCGCGGGGGGUAGCCUGAGGAAACGAGAGACGCGGCGCGAAAAAGAGAGGGAGCAAGAAGAACGAGCAGCCAAGCGCGUGCUGUGA